GGAAUUUUUAAGAAAUAGAAAGAAGUCGCUAAUUUAUGCGAUACGGCGUCUUCAUUUUGAGUUUCAAUUGCUUAACUUUUUAAAGACAGUUGCGAAACAUUACGUUGUGCCCUUGUAGAACGGAUAGAGAUAGUUCGUUUGAGAGCUAUAGUUCUAAUAAAUAAUAGGUAUUUAGAAAUUAUAUCCAAAAUGGGCGAUCAACAGUUUUUCCUGAAAUGGAAUGAUUUUCAAACGAAUAUGGUGACUUCGUUCAGGCAUUUAAGGGACGAGAAAAGCUUCACCGACGUGACACUAGCUUGUGAAGGUCAAACAUGCAAAGCGCACAAAAUGGUGCUCUCAGCGUGUAGUCCAUACUUUAAAAGCUUACUAGAGGAGAAUCCAUCGAAGCACCCGAUAAUAAUCCUGAAGGACGUGUCGUACCUACAUCUGCAAGCCAUCUUGGAGUUCAUGUAUGCCGGAGAAGUGAACGUGUCUCAAGAACAGCUGCCAGCUUUCCUGAAGACUGCCGCCCGCCUCAAGGUGAAAGGUCUAGCCGAGCCGCCGCCACAGAUGCCCAGCAUCAAGCGGGAAGGCUAACAGCAGCCUCCGGACCCGACCCCGCCUGCAGACCCUGGGACCCGGCAGUUUUGUAUCCCCGACGUUUAGACCCUGGCAAUGGCAAUCAAUAGUGUUGAGGACUGUAAGUUUGAUACUAAACCUAUUCAUAAAGCUUUAGUACAUUGAUGAUAUAUCUUUUAACCUUUUGGACGCCAAUGACGUAUAUAUCGGCAGCGUAGGUCCAACAGCAAGGACCGAUUAAUUCGUCACAGACCACAGAGCAACAUAGACCUACGUGCAUUGGCAUAAAGUUCAAUUUCAGUUUUGACACGGCGUCGAGAAGGUUAAAAGCUGCUAAUAAUAGCAGAUCCCAUUUAUUGGCAAAAAUGUCACCUGAUUAAACAGUCUAUGCAUGUUUUUGCAAUGUACUAAUAAAUAAGACGUCAACGAUUCAAAACUAAGCAAUGUGGUCUCAGGAAUACAUGAAAUUAUAUUUGACAUAAAAUAUAUAUAAGAUACACUCACCGACACAUUUACAGUACACUAAGACCAAACUUUUAUUUCAUAACAUGCCAAUUUCCUUGUGUUCACGCAACGCACACAUUUAUACCUCUAUGGCGAGCGGUGAUUGGCUUAAACUUGUAUGUGUGCGUGCGAAGCGGCUUGUCGUGAAGUCACAUUAUUGUCUUAGCGACCGGCCACACUUAUUAAAACUCUGUGCUUACAGUUACACCAUAAGGCACCAAAUUGUGUUAUUUUUCUAUAAAUCCAUAUACAAUAGUGAAUCUCGGCUUUUCUCUCUUUUCUAAAGCAUUUUAUGAAAUCAAGUUUUUGAGUGUGUAUUUGAAUAUUGAAAUGAAUUUCACGUAUAAUGCUCUUAAUGUGCAUUUAGCAAUAUAAAUAAUUAAAUAGCCUUAUUAGCACGCCAUGGAAUCAAAACUUCUUUUUUUGUAAUUUAUACUUCACAGCAAGGUUUGUGAUUCACUUUUCAAAAUAGAUAAUUAUUAUACCUUUCAAAUAACUGCAUUUCAGUAAAAAUCAUAGACAAGGUAUACUAAGAUGCGUAAAAUAAUGAAAAAUAUAGUCAUUACAUCUUAGUUACCUACCGUAUGGUGUACAGCGAGGUGAAAAAUAGCAUGGACACAUUAUGAAUGGAAUUCAUUCAUAGUGGCCAUGCACUUUUGCAGCUGGUUGUACAGGGUUGUGCAGUGCCUUGUACUUUAACUGUCAAAUUUGCGUCACUUACACGUCUUAGUAUUCGUUUGUCUAUGGUUUAAAGUGACUGCUAUUAACUUGUCAGAAAUUUUCAAUAUUAAGAACAAAACUUCAGUUGUAUAUAAAUCUAAUUCUCAACACAAUAUACAAAUCUUAUAUAAGUUAAGCGAAAAUGAGUUGAUGUUUGUAUGUUCGCAACAGUAUGGUUAGGCGGUCUUCACAUGGAUGCUCCGCACGCCUAACCGGUGUGCGAGCGAGAUCGCUACGUGAAUAGCGCUGUCCCGCCCACACACCGGAGAGGCGGCAGUGUGAUAAUCGCGAUAGAUUUAUUUCUAAAUGUAUAGCACAGAAAGAACCUACAUCCCUUCAAUACCCAAGUUACCUAGCAGCCAAAGCGUCGUAAAGAUAGUUUUUUCCAUAACUUCAUAACUUUUUACUUAUAGCUGUUACAUUAGAUUUGAUAAUCCAUAUUUAUUUAUUCAACAAAUUACACAGUAUGACAGUUAAAACCAAUUCACUGUGGAAUUUAUAUAAAGUGUAUACAAUUAUGUAAUCAAUAAUAUAAAAGAACAUUUAAAUAUACAAAUCUAAUAUAUAGUUGACUGGUACUUGGUAGAGAAUGCCAUUUGGCAUUAAGUCCGCCAUUUGUACAUUGUUGUAAAGCCUGACCAGGAAUAUAUGAUCACGCGCCAUGUUGGGGAAUUUCUCUGGAACUAAUUAUGUUCAUACUAUACUGAACUGUCACCCUAUACAUAAGAAUAAACAGCGCCCUCUUGACAAUGGUCAUAUAUUACUGGUUAUGCUUUAUAUAUUUUGUGCAAUAAGGUUUAAAAAAAAAUUUAGAAAAUAUUGAGGGUGCCACUUCCUACGUAACUGUCACAUUUUUGACGCAAAAUGCUUAAACAUGGCAACAAUUUAGUAUGGAUUUUUUUUAGUUCGAUUUUAUUUAAUUUCUACUAUUUUUUAUCGCAGACCUCGCGACCCACCAUGACUGUCUGCCAUUUUGAAUAUAAAAAAAAAACAUAAACAGAAGCACUUUAUUGCACGAAACAAGUACAUAACAUAACACAGAAAGAAUACAAUGAAUGUGUACUAAGGCGAAACCCUUUAAGGGAUCUCUUCCAGCUAAAUUUAACGAGAAUCUUUCGAGAAAUAUGACCAGUAGAGAACAGCCAGACAGACAUACGAAAGCAGUUUUUCCUGAGAUGAAAUGCGAAACCUUUAGUUCGCUCGGUCAAUUAUUUAUAACUACUAAAGAUUUUAGUGGUAUUUGACAUCUAGAAAGAAUCCCACAUGGGUGAAGUAACGGGCUUAGCUAAUGCAAAAUCAUUACAGCAUUUAAAUAUAAUAAACGUGAGUGAAUCGGUUUAAUAUAUUUAAUAUUAAAGUUUUGUUAUUAAAAUCGGUACAGCAUUUUUAAUGUCAACAGCUAUAAGUGGAAAGUAUUUGGUUGAUUCUGUGCUGUCAUCACCAACUACUAGCUUUCUACCAAUGGUUGCCUUACUAUUAUCGAGGUAUAUCUAUAAUGAACGUUGUACAUUGAUUUUGUAACUUAAGACGAAAGGGAACGGCCGCUUCUCCAUUCAAACAUAGUCCAUUUUCCUCUCUGGAUAUUGACAUUAUGGAAAAUAUUUUUGCAUAAUUUGAUGUAUAUUAACGAUAGCUAUGCCUCUACGUUUGACUUUUUUCUAUUUUUUGAUUAAUGUAAAAAUUAGGAGCGAAAAACAGAUUUCAUACAAAUUUUUAAAUGCUUCCAAGUUUUAUAAUAAUAAAAAAUUGAAAAGAAAUCACACGUAGGGGCAUAGUAUUUGUUGUUAUACCGGCAACAGAAAUACAUCAUCUGUGAAAAUUUCAACUGUCUAGCUAUGACGGUUCAUGAGAUACAGCCUGGUGACAGACAGACGGACAGUGGAGUCUUAGUAAUAGGGUCUCGUUUUUACCCUUUGGGUACGGAACCCUAAAAAAGUAUUAUCGUGAAAAAAGUUAAUAUGCAUGUGUGAAGAAAGUUAGUAGUGCAGAACUAUAAAAUAAGUUUGACAGUUCUAGUAGCAGCUUGAGCAGCGCCAUCUACUUAAGUUAACAAAGUUUCUUUCAAUUGUAAUCAUACCAUUUUGUUCUAUACAAUACAUAAUUCAAAACAAUAUGUCACAUCAAUGUACACUUUCAUUAUUACUGAUAAUAGUGUCUCUAAUUAAUAAUAAGGCUGUUGUUGUUGACCCCGCAAUAAUUUAUGUGAAUAUAUCUAUUAUCUAGUAACGUUUCAUAUUUUAACUAAUUUAGUUAUAAUCCACACUUGUAAGUACAUUAAGUAUUACAGCUAUCUCUUUCGCAAGCACUGGUAGCAUAAAUUACGAGUUAAACUAAUUUCGAACCUUCAAGGCUCGUCUUUAAGGCUCGAUGACAUUAUAAAGUACGGACGCUAAGAAGAAUUUCGUAAGUACAUUGACCCGCCUGUCCCUGGGCGUUUUCUAAAAUAAAUAUUGAAAACCUGAUUCGUUCAAAUCUGGACAUUCUUGGGCUCAUUCUACUCAGAUACGACAGCAUUCUCUAUCCUGCCAUUUAAAAAAAAAUCCCAAAAUUUUCAUUCCAUUACGUCACGUUUGUGCGAGAAAAAAAAUCACUUGUAUGUGCGUGACGUAGUGAAAUGAACAAUUUUCAUACAAAUUUUUGGGACAUUUUUUAUCAUUACGAUUGAACAUGCUAGUGAUUCCGAGUUGAAAGAACCCAAAAACACCAGGAUCUGUGAGAAUUAGGUUUUCAAUAAUUAUUUUAGAAAACUCCUCCUGUUCCUGUCCCGCCCAUGAUGGCAGCUGUCAAUGUCACUGUGCGAGCGAAACAACAAUAUAAUUAUGCGCGUGCGAUAGAGAUAGGAACAUUCGGGUCAAUGUACCAAAUUCCUUAUGGAAAGCGUCCUUUUUUUUAAAUAUUUAAAAUGUAUUAAGGUGACGUUUUAUGGACCAUAAUAGUUACGACUUGGGAAAGUCAUGGAUUCACAAAAAAUUGUGUUUAAUUUCUAAACAUAUCUAAAUCAAUAGGUGCAAUGUUCAUUUCUUAUAAGAUAAGUGUAUUAUUUCAAUGUAUACCUUUAGAAUUUAUGGACUAUGUAUGUAUUUUACAAGCUAAAUCCAAUGAACUGAAUAUUGGCUUAAGGUUUUAUUUUUAUUUUUUUAAACUUACUAUUUUCAAUAUCCUUAUGUUCUUUAGGUUGAUUUCCGAUCGAAAUUUUAACGAAGAAACGAUUAACAAUAAGUUAAAAAAGCUUCUUCCAUUAAAAUUGAUUUUGUUUAUUUUAUAAGACAAUUUUUUUAUGAACUUUCGAGGUAGUCUUUCACGUUUUGUAAGUAAUAUUUUUUCGAUGUGUCUACUAUCCUCUCGCGUUGAAUGAUAAUCCCUAUGAGAAGUGUGAUAGAGACCAAUAUUCGACACGAGAGGCAUAAUUCUUAUGACUAUCAGCUUCUUAUAAUAACAUAUUAUGUAAUAACAUAUAAUAUUUAAAAUCACGAAAGUUCCAUAAAAUCGGACUUUUAAAAUAAACAGGAAACGCCUUUUUAGUUUUAAGCUAUCUCUAGACUUUAGCACUUCUAGUUUCGCUUACAAUUCCACUAUAUUUUUUUAGAAUAACAUAAUGCCAUCAAUUUACCUCACUUUUGGCAGUUGGGUAAAUUCUUUGCAUUAUUUUUAAUUGUUUUCAACCGUGCUCCAUAUGAUCUUGGCUUACUCUUUUUUUUCAUACAUAAUUUCAAGUUAUGAUAGCAAAUGUGCCUUUUCUUCAUAUAACCUGGACUUAUAAAAAGCGUGUUGUCUCUUCCGAACAUCUUGGUUUCAUCAUGAAAUCUAUUAUCCUUAGGCAGGAUUACACUUGUAAGUUUUACUUACGCCUUACGUAAGUAGGGACACAGCUAUACUACAGAAUGAGAUAUGAAUAUCGUUAUCUCAUUCUAGCAAAUAGUUUUGUCCCUACUUACGUAAGUUUAAACUUACAAGUGUAAUCCUGGCCUUAAAAAAUAAUCUAAUUUUAAAUUUUACCACGUAAAAUUGUAAUAAUUAUCAAUAUUAUCAUGCUCUAUAUGUAAAAUAUUUCUAAAGUUUUUAACUAGCUGAAUUUUUUGUGGUAAAAAUUAUAAAAGGAUCAAACAAUAUUAAAAGUGAAUCCCCAUUGUAAUUAGACUAAGACAGGUUUGUAUGGAGCCUAAUGUUAGUGAAUGUUGUAAAAAUGUAAAUCUGAUAGAUAUUUUAGACAGGAAACGUGCUGAUCACAUGAAGCUAGUUAGUAAUGAUUGAAAUUAUGAAAGAUUUGUAAUUUUUAGAUAAUACAAAGGAUUACAAUA